AUGUCGGCGUCCGACCUGGGCUCCCCCCGACAGGCCGAGGACCAGCUGGGCACCAUCGCCCUGCAGAUCCAGCAGUUUCUGGACGAGUGGAUGUUCCGCAUCCUGCAGGGAGGCAUGGCUGGAAAGUGGGACAGGUCAGAGGCGACGACGAAGGCCAUGGAGAUCUUCGAGGCCAUGGGCAUGACACCCACGACCCCAGAGGAGAAGGCGCACAUCGUCUCUUUAGAGGACGACGAGGAGAUGUGCAUGGCGAUAGCGAAGUUGAUGCCCGAUGCCCUUGCCAAGAAUUUGGAGAGUUUUUUUCUGCAGUUGCAGCUCGCGGUGUCCAUCGUAUCGAGAGUGCGGGGUGCUAUCGAGGAUGGUACAGGCCAGGAUCUCAAAGAGACAAUGGAAGACGGGGACGCUGGAAUCACCCAGACAGUCCUCAAGAACGCCGUCAUUGUUGCUUGUGCCGACGUCAAGGAGGUCCAGGACUCUGAGGAUGGCUGGAAGAAGGCCAUGAAGAUCAGGGAGGCUCGCCUUCAACGUGCUGCGGACGAGGCAGGCAACGCCCAGAAGGAGCUUGAUAACAUCAAGAAGGAGCUGGCGGUGUUCGGAGGUCAGCAGAACGCGAAAACCGCCAACAUCAUCUUGAGCAUGAACUCGGGCAACACUAAGGUGAUCAUGCAAGUCGCGUGGACGGCCUGGUCUGCAUACUACACCAAGUACAAGAGCGAAAAGCACAUCCACGAUAAGUGGCGGGGCCAGAUCCAGGAUGCCGAGUCGCAACUCCUGAAGCUCAAGAUGGAGAAGAAGGAUGGCAUGAAGAGCAUCAUGAGGAAACAGUUCGCAGGCAAUGCGGAAAGGAUGUUGAAGGAAGUGUUCAACGAGUGGGUCAAGGGUACGGCGGAUGAGAAGGAACAGAAGGCGAUGGCUGCGCAGGUCCAAGCGGCCGAGGCUAGGCUCCAGGCAAUGAAGAGCACCCAGAAAGCCAACGCGAAGAAGGCGAUGGCCAAAGUCGCCGGCCAGAGUGAUGGUGCUCUGACGGACAUGAUCUUCAAGGAGUGGCUCAAGUUCACCGCGGAUGGCAAGCGGGACAAGGAGUUGAACGACCAGGUCAAGGCCACGGAGGCCAGGCUGAAGGCGUUCCAGGCCAAGAGCAAGGAGGGUCAGAAGGGUGUUCUCGCAAAGAUGAGCGCCAGCACAGACACCGGUCUUUUGUCCACCGUCUUCACUUCUUGGCUUGAAGAGGUGCACCAUGAGAAGAAGGCUAAACAUGCACAGCAGCAGAUCGAUGGUGCGAACUCCAAGUUUGCCAUGCUGAAAAGCAGAAACAAGAAUUCCAGCACCGGCAGGGUGGAGUCCGCCAACGAGCUGGAACAGUCCAUUUUAGUGAUGCACAUCUUCAUGAACUGGAGCACCUCGGCCAGGAUCGCCGCUCUGAUCAACCACUACGGUGGCAAGAUGGACAGGAAGAAGGAGCAGCUCGAGAAGGUGCAGGUCAUGUUCAAGUCCUUCGCCUCGCAGCUCGAGGCGGGCAUCGGCAACACUCCGCGCUCGCAGCGCAAGAGCAUGCGCACCGCCACGGACGCCCAGAAGCCCCCCGCCGUGCCCCCGGCCUGA